AUGGACAGUCUAUCAGAUCGGACACCUGUACACCUCCACACACAGAGGCAUCAUGGCAGGAGUACUGAAGGCCUUCCUGUUGCUGUGGGUCCUCCAGGUCUCUGCCCAGGACCCAGAAUACGACCACUUGCUAGUGAGGCCAGGAACAUCAAUGACGAAAAGGACGACUGCCCCGUCAACGUGUACUUCACCAUAGACACCUCUGAGAGUGUUGCUCUGAGGGAGUUCCCCUGGGGCAGUCUGGUGGAGGAGCUCAAGGUGUUCCUCCAGAUGUUUGUGGAGAGGCUCCAGACCACCACCCUCAGGGCCAAGAGGGUCCAGUGGGCCUACGGUGGGCUGCACUUCUCAGACCGCGUGGAAGUCUUCAGCCAGGUGGUCACUGAUGCUGCAGUUUUCCUGGGAGGGCACAGCCAUCAGGUACAUUACUCAGCCAGCCAGUCAGCCACUGUCGUCAGUACAUUGGUAGGGGUACCUUCAUCGACUGUGCCUGAGGAACAUGACAGAGCAGGUGAGGCUAACGGCCAGGGGAAGGCCCGGAUCCAGUAUGCUGUGGUCCUGACUGACGGCCACAUCACUGGCAGCCCCUGUGGAGGCGUCUCACGGGCCGCCGAGGCUGCCAAGGCAGCAGGCAUCAAGAUCUUUGUAGUGGCCACCAACGAGGAAACCAUGGAGAGUGAGCUCAAGCAGAUCGCCAGUUCUCCUGUGGCGUGGCCGCGAAGGGACCUGGUGGGCCAAUCGGAGAUCCUGGACAGCCUGGGCCACCGGGAAAGACUGGCACCAUUGGGRCACCUGGAUGUAAAGGAGACGCUGGCAUGCCGGGAGAAGCCGGUUCUGCCGGUGACUUUGGUAUCAAGGGUGACGCGGGCAAGUCAGGUGAAAAGGGUGUUGCUGGGCAGAGUGGCAGGCCUGGACCACAGGGUGAUGGUGGAGACAGUGGAGAUAAGGGUAAAGCUGGACCUGGUGGAAGUCCUGGCGGCACUGGAGAACUCGGCCCAGAGGGGGGGGCACCAGGUUUCCCAGGGGUCCGUGGUCUACCAGGUGAGGGUGGAGAGGCAGGACUUCAGGGCUCUCAGGGGGAUGCAGGGGACUUUGGCCCCCGAGGAAACACUGGAGCAGCAGGAGCUAAGGGAGUACCUGGUAGGUUUAUCGGUAAGUAACAGACUUUAUUUGUUCAUCCUGAUUGACAGAUAUCUUUCAUAUCCCUGUCUCUCUGAGAGAAUGCUGAUGAAUAUUCUCAACUUUCAGGAGUGUGAAAUCAUGGGAUUUGUCAGAGAAACAUGCGGCUGCUGUGAUUGUGAAAAGGUUUGCCCUCCCCUGGACCUGGUGUUUGUGAUUGACAGCUCUGAAAGUAUUGGAAAAACCAACUUCAGCCUGGCUAAACACUUUGUCAUCAGUGUAGCAAACAGGCUUGGGAAGAUGGCCAGAAACAUCUCUGACGUCUCAGGGUUUCGUCUGGGUGUGGUUCAGUACAGUCACCAAGGGGCGGUUCAGGCCAUCAGGAUGGACGAUAGGGGCAUCACCUCUGCGACCUCCUUCAACACAAAGGUCAAAGCCAUGGAGUGGAUCGCUGGAGGCACCUGGACUCCCUCUGCCCUGAAGUACACAUACGACCAUCUGAUAGUACCAGGUCGCAGGGGGAGGACCAAGACGGUGGCCAUAGUUAUCACAGACGGUCGCUAUGAUCCUAAAGACCUGGAUAAUCUUGGAGCCCUGUGUAACGGGGUGGACGUGUAUGCCAUCGCCAUCGGUGAUAUGUUUGACUCUGGGGCAGAGAGGCAGAACAUGGAGAGGAUUGCCUGUAAUAUGGGCGACCGGGUGAAGACCCUGAGUGUCUACGCUGAACUUACUGCUGAGGAAUUCUUAGAGGAAAUAGAACAAAUCCUCUGCCCAGAACCAGAGAUGAUGUGUCCAGACCUGAAGUGUGCCUCAGAUUUGAGUUUGGCUCCACUGAUCCAGCGCCCCGCAGACAUCCUCUUCUUCAUUGACGGUUCUGAGAGAACAGGGGGCAGAAACUUCAUCAGCAUCCUGCGCUUCAUCGAGAGACUCUCCCAAUCCAUCCCUCUCUCCAAGGAGGUCUCUUCAGGAGCUCGCUUCGCCGUCCUGCAGUUUGGAGGGGAGCAGGACCCAGAGGUUCUUCUGGACUUCUCCAAUAACCACAGAAAGAUUAGCUCCCUGGUCUCUAAUGCAGUCUACCGCGACUCAUCCUCCACUCUGGGCAGCGCUAUUCUCUACGCAACUGAGAACCUCGUCAGUAACCCUGGAGGUCGGUUCAGAGGGGUACGUCCGGACGCAGAGCUCGCCUUUGUGUUCAUUACAGACGGAGUGACCUCAGACAAGAACUUUGCUGAGGGUAUUGGAGCCAUGAGAAGGGCCAACGCAGUGGGUGUUGCUAUCACAGUGGGAUCAGAUAUUGACAGGGAGCGGUUGCUGCAACUCACUCUAAGGGACAAAGCUCUUAUCUUUAACCUGAAGAGUUUCAAUGACUUGGCCCUCCCUGGGGUUGUUAAACACAUGGCUCAUUGCCUAGGUUAAACCAGGUUUGAAAUAUAUUCAGGGCCCCAUUUGAUUUAACACUCACCUGUAGGCUAACUGAAAGACCCAGAACUGAUUUCAUAUGUCCUUUAUGUAUCUUUUCUAUAAUUAGUUUUUAUUAGACUACAUUU